UUUUAGCUUUCAAGUAAAAAAAAAUAAAUAAAAAUAUUACAAAUUAAUUGGUAGCUGUUAUGUCUACUGCUGAAAGUUCUGUAGCACUUUUAAGUAGUGUAAUUAAACAGUUAUCAGUUUCUGAUGAUGCAAAAAGGAGGGAGCAAGAAAAAGAAAAAUUACAAUCACAAUUAAAAAUAGCAGAUGAAAAACUUAUUGAGCUUGUUGAAGCAAAUCAAGAUCAUUUAAAGAAAACAGUUCAGUCAUUUGGCUCAGUUAUAACAAGAAUAUCUGGUAGUAGAAAUCGCAUUAAAGUUCUACAUGAGAAAUUGUUAUUAUGCAGAACAUUGCUGUAUUGCAACCGAGAUGACUUGAAAAUUCAUUGGCAAGAAGGUUUAGAGUGUUCCGAAAAAUUAAAUCUGCUUGACAAAAUUGAAAAAGCUGUAGCUGUGCCAGAACAGCUUGAAAGGUAUUUACAUCGAAAGCACUAUUUUCAUGCGUCUAAUCUUUUAGCCCAAGCUAUUUUAAAUUUAGAUACACAGUUAGUUAAUGUUGAUGCUUUACGUGAUCUUCGGUCCAGUUUACAUGCAAGAAAGUCACUGCUGUAUGAAGCAGUUGUUGAUGAAAUUAGCAAGCAAAUUCAUUCAGAUUCCCAAAAGUUGUUUAAAAAAGGUGUUUCAGAAACAAAUGUUGCUGCUUUUAAAAGAACUUUUUCAUAUAAACCUAGUAAUUUAAAAAUAAGAAAGAAUGAUCAAGUACCAACUUUUAUACUGGAAGAAUGUCAAGAAGAUUUGCAACUCGAUCCUGAGGAAAAUGUGCCUCUUUUUAUUAAUUUACUAGUCCGAUCACUAGUUUCUAUGGACAAAGUGUUUGAAGCUGUUGAAAUGGUAAAAGAACGAAUUAAGCGAGAUAUGUUCAUGGUCCUUAGAAAAUCAUCAGAUUUUGUUGCAAAGCGUGCCGUAGAUAUUGGAGAAGUUUUAACAAUUGAAGAGCUUGCAGUUAAAGGCAAUUCAAAUAUAUUAUUAGAGCUUCUUGAAAUAUCUUUUGAUAAAUUUCGCAGUGUUGCUUUUAAUCAUAGCAUCUUACUUGGUGCAUUUAAACAAACAAAAGUGUCUAAAGAUUUAAAUUUGUAUACAAUGGAGGAUAUAUGGUCAAAAAUACAGUUUGCAAUUAAAGAUAUGCUUCAACCAUAUCUUAAUUUGCAAAACUCCUCUGCACCUCAGCAGGGUUUUACUUCUUUUGGUACAUUGGAUAGUGAUGUGGCUUCAUUUUUUACUGUAAAAAAGAGACUUCCGAUGAGUGUUGCUUCCAAAAUAAAACCUGCACAGUUAUUUAAGUUUGAAUGCUCUUCAUCAGCAGAAGCAAUUCACAGUUAUAUGCGUGAGCAGGACAUAGCUUCUGGUUUAUCUGAAGAUAGUUACACUGACUUUGUUGUAUGGAAUCCUCCACAACUAUUAUGUAAACCAAAUGCAAAAAAUAUAACAACUAUAUUUGUUCCAGUGAUGAAUUUCAUAAAAGAAAUUGAUUUAAAAACAAACUCCACUUUGGGAUCUUCUGGUGUUUUGUACCAUUUUUUAACUAACUUUGUAGAAAAAGUAUUUUUAGAUCAACUUCUUUAUGAAGUCUCUGAAAAGACAAGUGCAGCAACAAAAGGUCACGAUGCCCUAAGGAAUUUGUGCGAUUUAAAAGCUCAAAAAAACUUGGAUAUUUCAAGACCUAUUUUAAAAGGCAGUCUUGUUGUUUAUAAUAUCAUGGAGGAGUUGCUUGAGCUAACAAAAAUACUCCCUAGUUAUUCACGUGAGAUUCUUGACAUUGUUAUUAAAACAUUAUCUGCAUACUUUGAAUCUUGCCAUAAUGAAUAUAAGGGUGUAGUUUAUCGAGAAGGGGAUGGUAAAGCAUCUCGAAUAAUUAGUGUUAACUGGGUUAAAGAUGAUGAUAUCAAGCGUUUAUUGAUGUCAUUACCUAAUUGGAUCGGAUUGAAAAAUCAACAAAAUUUGAAGUUGGAUGAAGAGGAAGACUUUGAAACUACCAGAAAACUCCAAGAUCGAGAAUCGUCAUUGCUAAUAAGUAAUCUUGAACGAUCUGAAAUUGAGAAAAAUCAAGUAAUUCUUGAUGUACUUGAUCUGAAAUCUCUAGCAAAUCUUCAAGAAAGUUUAGAGUGGUUAUCUGAAAAGAUACAAACAUUUUAUUCAAAAGUUUCAGCAAAAUCUCAACUAACUGUUUCAGAUUCAUUUGUAGAAAGGAACUGGGUAAAUGAUGAUUUAUUAACUUUAAUAAAAGACAUGGGAGAAAAGUUUAAAGAUAUGUCAGAAAGCUGUCUUCUUUUAUUACAUUUAGAAAUAAGGUGUCAUUGUUUUUACUUUAUUGGAAAAGCAACUAGAGAGUCUAGUUUUGUUUGUAAUAUUGAUUCUAUUGAAGUGGAUCCCCAAAUACCACAGUUAGCAAAGGAUCUUAGAGAUAUAGAAGAUUCAUGUUCAGGUGCAUUGUCUCCAGUUAAAAUGCAUUAUUUGUUUGAUGGUUUGGGUUAUCUGUUAGCUGCUAUAAUUAUUGCAAGCACAAGUUAUAUUAAAAAAAUUAAUCGAAAUGGUGUUAAAAAAAUGUGUCAAAACAUUUUUACCAUUCAGCAGGAGCUAGCUAAUAUAACAUCACGAAGAGAUUUAAAUUUAGACAUGGCAAGAAAGUAUUUUGAGUUGCUUAACUUGACUCCAGAAGAAAUUUUAAACACAAUACUUGAGCAAGGAACUUUUUGUAAGGAGCAAGAUUAUUCAAAUGCAUUAGAGCUUCUAAGUCGUAGUGAAAUUCCUUUUGAUAAGAACUUAUGGAAGAUUCGUCGAAAUAAAUUAAGCGAAAUUCUUCAACAAGUUGAGGAAAAACAAAAGUAUAUUUCGAUAAUUUAACUUUUUUUUUGUAAAAUUAAAACAGUAUCAACAAGAUAUAAAUAAAUUUUUUUUUUUGUAGUAAAAUUUUUAAUAAAAGUAUUUUGUUUCAUAUUGUAAGCAUCUUU